AGAGCAGAGUAGACCUCUCUCUCUCGCUCUCUCUCUCUCUCGAAGAAAGAGAAAUUCUUCAAAAAAAGAAAAAAAGGAGGAAAAAAAAGAGAAAGAAAUGGUGGGGGCGAAUGUGAAGGCGGAGACGCUGAGUCUGAUGGAGAGGAGGGCGGCGAUGGAGGCCGACAUGAACGCCAUCAUCGACGCCCUCUCCCGCCCCGGCGGCCCCGGCAUCUCCGGGAACCUUCUAGACUCCCAGGGAUUUCCGAGGCCCGAUAUCGACAUCCCUACCGUCCGGGCGCAGCGCCACCGCCUCGCUGAGUUGCGCAACGAUCACAAGGAUAUCACUGACAAAAUUGAUAAAAAUUUGCAAGUUUUGCACUCGUUAAGAUUAGGUAAAAACGAACCAGCGAUUCCUGGAGAUGCAGGUGCAUCAGCUUCUCAUGGCGUUUCGUCUCAAUAUUCUCCCGUGGAGGAGGAUCCAAUUGUCAGGAUACCUUUCGCUAUAAUUGAUGAAAUUGUCGAUGAUUCACCGGCAGCAGAAGACGGUUUACAGCUCGGAGAUGAGAUUGUAAAGUUUGGGAGCGUGGAAAUUGGCGAUGGACUGCAAGCGAAGCUUGUUUCAGAAGCACAGUCCAACCAGGGCCGUACCGUGCCUCUAAUCAUCAUACGGCAUGGUUCUGUUAUGAAUCUGAAUGUGAUUCCCAGACAAUGGCGCGGCCGUGGACUUUUGGGAUGCCAUUUUCGGAUCUUAUGACAAGACAAUUAGUGAUAACACAAUGAUGAGGAAGUUCUUAAAGUUAAUAGCACUUCCGAAAGUCGAAUUUAUGGGCAAUGCAUGUGGAUGCGCAUGCUUGCUUGUUGCCUUCUCAUAGCGUCGUUUUGUUUUGCAAAUUUUCUCAGCUUGUAAUAGUGAUCAACUGAACUUUUUUCUGCCGCACAUCUGCUUUGUUUUACUCGGCAUCGAAACAUUCCUCUCAGUAAGUUGUUAUAAAUGGAGUACUUCGUUUUCACCAAGGUGUUCUUGUGCUGUGAAAGAUGGGUAUCCAAAGUGUCUUAUGGUCAAAUAUGUGUUUAAUGAGGUUUUGUUUUUGAGUUGCCA